AUGCCACUGAGGGGCAGCCGUGGACCCACAGCAGCAGCUCUCGAGGUAGCGUACCACGCCUUUGAGUCAGCGGGCGUGCCUAUCGAAAGCAUGUGUGGCAGCAACGUUGCGGUCUUUGCCGCCACGAUGACGGACGACUACUCACGUAUCCUGUUCCACGACGGCGGCACGAUUCCACGACAGGCGGCUACAGGGGCCAUGCGGGCCACGGCAUCGAACCAGGACGGUCGCACGCCGCCGCUGACUCAGCCGAGCUCGCUGGCACAGGAAGCCCUCAUCCGGCACACGUACGCCAAAGCCGGCAUCGACCCGAUGGAUACGCAGUACUGCGAGGCUCACGGCGCCGGAGGUGCGGGCCAUUAG